CGUCACGAAAACUUACUUACUUACCCCAACCCCUUUAACUACAACUGUACUCGAGUACCAGUACAUCUACUGCAUACUCCGUCUGAUGUUCAGAUGGUUUCUUGCUGCUCUCAACAUUCACAAUCUGGGGCAAACACAUUCGAUUGUGUCCAAUUUCCCAACAUCGUCAUCCCAUUGCUAUCCGCCUCUAAUUUAUACAUUUAGCUGCAUGGUGGUAGCGUAGUCCACACCUUCCACUCUUCCCAAGAUACGUACGGAGUAGUUGGGUGUGCCGGUCUUCCCACCGAAAGCUAUACGCCCUGGAUAAACAUAAACAACCAAUAUGGCACCACUGAGGCUCACCAUCGAAAAGGGCCAUUUCCGUGAUGCACACGGACGAGAGGUCACCCUGAGGGGCAUCAACGUAGCAGGUGAUGCGAAAUAUCCAAGUGACCCGGAUCGACCCUCGCAUAUCCCAACAGACUUCUUCGACGGCGAUAACAUCAACUUCCACGAGCGCCCCUUCCCCAAAGAAGAUGCACAUCUGCACUUCUCGCGGCUGAAGCGUUGGGGAUACAACACCAUUCGAUAUGUUUUUACCUGGGAAGCGAUUGAGUCGAGAGGCCCAGGCAUAUACGACGAAGAAUGGAUCCAGCACACCAUCGACAUAUUAAGGCUGGCACGGGAUUAUGGGUUUUAUAUCUUUAUGGAUCCCCAUCAGGAUGUGGUAUGGGUUCUGUGAUUCUUUUUAAGUACAAUGCUGAUGAGAUAUUGUCUAGUGGUCGAGAUUUGCAGGCGGUUCUGGGGCUCCCAUGUGGACGUUAUAUGCAUGUGGUCUCAAUCCUCAGAGCUUCGCGGCAACUGAAGCGGCUUUAGUUCAUAACACAUACCCAGACCCGGAAAGUUUUCCCAAGAUGAUUUGGUCAACAAACUACACGCGAUUAGCAUGCCAAACGAUAUUCACAUUCUUUUUUGCAGGAAGAGAUUUUGCCCCAAAGUGCAUCAUUGAUGGAAUGAACAUUCAGGAUUAUCUUCAAGGGCAUUUCGUGGGUGCUUGUGCCCACCUCGCCAAACGAAUCAACGAGGCGCAAGAUUUAGAAGAUAACAUUAUUAUUGGAUGGGAAAGUAUGAAUGAGCCUAAUCGUGGAUUGGUGGGAUGGCCAGAUCUGUCAAUUAUCCCAAGCGAGCAGAAGCUCCAGAAAGGAACCUCCCCAACAGCAUGGCAGGCUAUGUUGACAGGUUCUGGUCGGGCCGUUGAGAUUGAUACAUGGGAUUUUGGAGGGAUGGGGCCAUAUAAAUCAGGACGUGUUCUGGUUGAUCCUCAAGGAGAACAAGCGUGGUUACCAGAAGGUUACGAUGAGUCGAGGUAUGAUUAUAAGCGAGACCUGGGAUGGAAGCUGGGGGAAUGUAUUUGGGCUCAACAUGGUGUCUGGGAUCCAAGCAAAGACAUGCUGCUGAAGAAGGACUAUUUCCACAAAAAUCCCAAGACCGGAGAGACCAUCGACUACGAAAAAUUCACCAAUACGUACUUUAUGGAUUAUUAUCGCAAACACAGAGAUGCCAUACGGGCGGUCCAUAAGAAUGCCAUCCUGUUUUGCCAGCCACCUGUGCUUGAAAUACCUCCUGCAAUCAAAGGAACAGAGGACGACGACCCUAAAAUGGUCUAUGCUCCUCAUUAUUAUGAUGGAGUCACACUUAUGACCAAAAAAUGGAACAGAUACUGGAAUGUUGACGUUUUUGGCAUUCUGCGUGGUCGGUACCUGGCCCCUGCUUUUGCAGUCAAAAUAGGGGAGACGGCGAUCCGAAACUCCUUCAAAGACCAGUUGACUGCCAUCCGACAGGAAGGCCUCGAUUAUAUGGGCGAUCACCCAUGCGUAUUGACAGAGUUCGGCAUUCCUUACGAUAUGGACGACAAGCAUGCAUACAAAACUGGGGAUUACUCAAGUCAGUCGGGUGCCAUGGACGCAAAUCAUUUCGCUGUCGAAGGUAGCUCGAUGGCUGGAUAUACAUUGUGGUUGUAUAUGACUGAGGUAGGACUUCACUUGAUCUCAAAAUCACAUUGAACUAACAUUCCUUAGAACAACCACAAACUGGGUGAUCAGUGGAACGGGGAAGAUUUGUCAAUCUUUUCUCUUGAUGAUCGACCACUUCCUCUUUCUCCCGUGCCUCCAACCUCAACCAAUGGUUCCGCGACAAGUUUAGACCAGAAAGCUGGGCCAACUACCAAAAAGGAGUUUUCAAGCGAAGCGACGGUCCAUCCAGGAAAUCUGGAGGCAAAAUUGAGAACGCCUUCAAUAUCGUCAGCAGCUACUACAGAUAAGCCGCCGGAAUUAACAAACUCGCCUGGUUUCAGGGCUGCCGAAGCAUAUGUUCGGCCGUCUCCAAUUGCUACUGUUGGGGAUAUCAUUAGCUAUGGAUUUGAUCUUCGGAAUGCAGUCUUUAACUUCAAGGUGAAGGGGGGGCAAGUGAGUCCGGACAACCCAACUGAAAUUUUCCUACCAGAAUUUCACUUUCCAAAGGACCAAUCUGAGAUUGAGGUUUCGUCUGGGAAAUGGGCAAUAAGUACUGAUGAUGCAGAUGGUGGCAUGAUCCAGCGGCUAAGGUGGUGGCACGGCGAAGGAGAACACUCGAUCAAGGUCAAGGGUGUACAAAGAAAACAGAACAUGGCCCUCGGCAAGGAGGAGGAAGAGGGUUACCUUGACCAGUGCCAGCAAACUACGUCGGGUAAAUGUAGUGUUAUGUAGAUAUGAGUGGACGAACUUGGGCAUUUUAUUGGCGUGGAGCGUGUUGGUUGGAUUCAGGAUUUUUACGAGGAAAGCAAUACAUAUGCCUUUUUGUUCUUUAA